AUGAGUGGAGAGUGGAGAUCGCAGGAGCUGCUGGAGUGGGUCAUCAGGAAGGAGACGGAGCUCAAUCAGCUGGAGCCGCUCCGCGCGGACGCAGCGGCGCUCCAGCAGCAGCAGGAGGAUGCCCGCUCUCUGCUGAGCCAGCUGUCGGACCGCCAGGCGCUCAUCAGUAGCAAGCUGAGCGCCGCCAGAGCGGUCAGCUCCGAGCCUGCCUUACACUGCGAGGCCAGCGAUACUGAAGGUCGAGGCGAGCGCGAUGGCUACGGCCGGGAGCGUCGCUCCGAGCUGGACCAGAGUCUGGAGCAGGCGAGGGCUAUCGGUCGGGAGGCGGCCAAGCUACAGGACAAGUGGCGAGAGCUCGGCCGACGCGCCGAACUCUUCCGACGACGCGCUGACUCGGCCCUGGCGAAGAGGCACGUGCUGGAGCGGUGCAUGAACGAGGUCGAGCAGCGGCUGAACGACAUCGAACAGACCCAGCCUGACGUGGUCACCAACGGUGACGUCGCAGAGGACCGCCUGCUGGAGGUGCAACGAAGCCUGGAUGACGUCAUGCCCAGGCCAGCCGGCUGGCAGAGAACAAUGUGCUGCUUUCCCCCGGAGCACGCCGCUCGGCUGGCUACCCUCAACGGCCGCGUGCCGCUCUCCCCGGAGCACGCCGCUCGGCUGGCCGCCCUCAACGGCCGGCUGCACUCGGUGGCGUCGACCGUCUCGGCGGCCUACGGCGGGCCGCCGGCGCCGCCCGACCUGGGCCGCUCGGUGGAGCCGCCCUGGGAGCGUUCCCAGACCGAGCACGGCGUGCCGUACUACCUGCACCACGGCGAGCGACGCACCCAGUGGGACCACCCGCGGCUCGACCAGCUCAUGCGCGGCCUGCCGCAGCUCGACGCCGUCCGGUUCUCGGCGUACAGGACCGCGCUGAAGCUGCGGCGCCUGCAACGCGCCCUGCUGCUGCACCGGCUGCCGCUGGCCGAGGCUGCGCAGGCGUUCGAGGCGCAGGCGUGGCGCCUUCCAGCGACCGGUCUCGUGGCCGUGCCCGACGUGGUGGCCGUGCUGGUGGCGCUGUACGGGGGUAUGGACCCUCCGGUGACGACGGACCUGGCGCUGAGGAUGGACCUCUGUCUCAACUGGCUGCUCAGCGUUUACGACAACCGUCGGACUGGUCGCAUUCCUGUCAGCUCCUUUAAACUGGCCAUCAUCACUCUCUGCAAGGCACAUCUGGAGGAGAAAUACCGCUACAUGUUCCAGUUGGGCGCCGACAACCGACAGCGGCUGAACGAGAAGCAGCUGGGUCGGCUACUGAGCCAACUGCUACAGCUACCUGGUCAGAUGGGCGAGGAGGUCGCCUUCGGCCCCGCGGCCGUGCAACCGUCUGUCACCAGCUGCUUUCCGCAGGACGAAAAGGAGGGGGAGCAGGAGACGACCUUGUGCGAAGCUGAGGUCCUGGACUGGCUGCGCGCCGAGCCGCAGAGCCUGGUGUGGCUGCCGGUGCUGCACCGGGUGGCGGGCGCCGAGAAGUCCCGACAUCAUGCCCGCUGCAAUGGCUGCAAGGAGUACCCCAUCGUCGGUUUCAGAUACCGGUGUCUGAAAUGUUUCAACUUCGAUAUGUGUCAGCAAUGCUUCUUCACCGGACGUGUCGCCAAAAGUCACAAACUCAGUCAUCCCAUGCACGAAUAUUGCACAGAGAGUUCGUCAAGCGAUGACAUCAAGGACUUCACCAGGUCGAUACGAAACCGGUUCAAGUCGAAGCACUACUUCCGCAAGCAUGCCAAGCUGGGCUACCUCCCUGUCCAGCCCAUGGCUGAGGGCGUCACUUCGGCCGCCUCCGCCGAUCAUCUGCGCACCUGCUCACUGGACCAGGGCGCGCGCACGAACGGACACGCAACCUCCGAAGUGGACGCUCACAGCUUCUCCAGUCCGGAGAGUGAGGACGAGCUGCAGCUGAUCACGCAGUACUGCAUGAGCCUCUCGUCCGAGGGCGUGUCGGACGAGACGCGCGACGAGCAGCUGCGCGCCGUCAUCCGCCAGCUGGAGCAGGAGAACCGCGCCCUCCAGGCCGAGUACCAGCGGCUGGCACGCGCCGGCCCCGCCGCCCCGGCCGGCCUGCCGGCAGCCGCCGCCGGUCCGCCUACCAACGCCGAGCCGGAGGCGCCGCGCGCCGGCGACGACGCCGACCCGCCCCCGGCUCUGCCCGCCUCACCCCCGCCGGAGCUGGGUCGAGAGUCGUCGAAGGAGGAGGAAGAGGAGGAGGCCCCGCCUCCGGUGGCCUCCUCCGGGGAGAACGCACCUCCUCCGGCGGCGGAGGAGCCCGACGGCGGCCGACCCGAGGGCGAGGCCCCCCUGCAGACCAGGAUGCAGGAGCUGGACGAGCACAACCGGCAGCUGGGGCAACGGCUGAGCAAGCUACGGCGCCUGCUGAACGGGGGCACCAACCUGGCCCGAAGCAGCACGCUGCAGACGCGCUCGGUGACGGCCUCUCAGCUCGCCAGCGACUCCCCAGCGCCCGAAGGUGGCUGUGGGCGUCCGAUUCCGCUGGCUUUUUCGCUGCCCAGCAGAGAACAGUUCAACGCAGAGCUGCUGAGUGCGUAGCUGCGUAGCUGCGUAGAUUGCCCCCUCCCCCACCGUUGGUGGAAGUUAUGACCCAGACAUUGCUGUCGGGUGCAUGCUACAUCCGAGGUCCGUGGCUACCGCUGGGUGUAGGUGUGAUUUCACGAGUGGGCGAUUCAUUACAACAAGCUACUUAUCUUCCGAAUGCAUAUCCUGACCGCAUGGCUGACUGUCAUGCGAUAGAGCUUUGAGGCAGAGUGGUGAGUUGAGAGAUGAGGGUCGCCGCCGCCACGGGUGCAUGGUUCGCCCUGUUACUAGGAGAGUGAGGUGUCGGGCACAUCGCUGCACCGGGCUGUCCACUGCUGGCUGGGUAUUUGAAUAUUAUCCUGUUGAAUGCAGCCAUUAUGUGUGCUUUGUGUAAUUGCCGUGAACAAUGUGAUAUUUACUGGUCUUUACACGUUAGCAAGCGCUUCCGGAGCGGCGGCAGUGAAUGUUGGAGCGCAGGUGGGAGCGGACGCACCCUGUUUCGUAUCUUUUUGCGGCUAACGCGUCAACAGUGUGUCGUGUAAAUAAACAAGAGAGCCAACCCAGCGUUCACAUGGCCCGGUUUUGGUUGCAAGUACUGUGACGUUUAGAUAGCACCAUAUCAACAUGAUAUCAACCAAAUGUCUUUAACUCAAGAGGUGAGAUGAAUGGAACUGAGCACUGACGUCCUAGAUCCCCCGUUUAUUCGAAAUAAACAACGCUUCUAACCGCUGCAUGAACUGCCCGCGAGCACAGAGCAGGGGGAUGUAUUUGAAUGAAUAUAACAUUGCCAAACUUUCGGCAUGUCAAUUAUGCGCGUCUACAUGGUUACUCUCUUGAAAACUGUAUGCUACUGUUCGAGAGGAAGUCCCCAUAAAUAUAUUCCCCACCAUAACCAAAGGGUGAAAUGGAGCGUAUGUACCUGCUUGUGUGUAAUCACGAUCCAGCGGUAGCUUUAAGAUGCUUGAUUUCGUGUUCGUACUUUGCCGAUUCGGACAACGUUAUGCUGGAACAAAAAAUGUGCACUGGAGCGAAAUUGUAGUGUUUUUCCUCUUAAAGGCCGUGCUUUUAACGUGUGUGCGCGGAUGUACAAAUGGUGGGCGGUUGGAUGCUUCACAGAGAAACGGCAGAGUGAAACAAGUGACAUUAGCUCCGACGUAUGCCGUGUUUUCUCCUGAAAU